AUGGCGAUGUAUCGGAGCGUGUUCUACGCCAGUAAACGCGGGCUCGAAGGUCCGCGGAGCACUGGCGGAAACGGAGGCGGGGAACUGGACGCGGCGGAAGGGGAGAUCGCGCGCGGAGAAGCCGGGGAUGCGGAAAGCCCGUCCGCGGCUCGGCGGUCGGCGAUUGGGAUCCGGAAAAUGCGGAGACAGCUGACGUCGACAGUGUGGAACUGGGCGUCGUCGAUGGAGGCGAUGCUGUGGCAGGGUCUGCCACAUGGCGGCGUGCAAGUGGUCUACGACAUCCGCUACGGCCCUCGUCUGCGCAACACGUACGUGGCGGGGGAGGGGAUGAUCUCAUCUGUUGCGACUGCUGCUGAGAAUAAUGGCACAGGGGAGCACAUGAGCUGCUCCCGUGUCGUCUUCCCCGUCUUCGCUUCUCAGUCUCUCCUCCCGCUCUCGCGUCCUCUCCAACUCCCGUCCUCCUCUCUCUCCCCCACUUCCAGGCCCAUGGCGUCGACCAGGCUCAAGAAACGCCAGCUGCGCGCGCUCUCAUGGGCAUUGGAUCACAUUCACGAGUAUGGGGCAGGCGACCCUUCCCAGAUCCCUCACAUGUGUUUCCCUUCCGCUCCCUCCCCCCUCUCCCCAACCCAGGCUCUGGCCAUAGAACAAGUAGAGGAAACGUCCAGGGCGCUCUCAUGGGCAAUGGACCACAUUCACGAGUAUGGGGGCGACCCCUCGCGCAUCUUCCUCACAGGCCACUCCUCGGGCGCCCACGUCUGCUCCAUGGUUGUGUGGCGCCGCCUCAGGUCUGCCCUCCGCCGCAUGUUCCAGGCGCAUGGAAAGGAUGUAGCAUCACCACCCACGGCUGUAGCAGAGGGCGACAGCAGCAGCAGCAGCAGCAGCAGCAGUGGCGGUGGCGGCAGCGGCAGCAGCAACAGCAGGGAGGGUGAAUUGCCUCAUUACACCCUCAAGGGAGAGGAUCUCUGGUCUCUAGACGAGCCGGACCUCCGGCAACCCUACUGCUUCCUGGGCAUGAGUGGCGUGUACGAUAUAGCCCACCACCAGAGGCAUGAGCAGGCUCGGGGCGUGUUCGCUCUCUCUGCCAUGUCGCCUGCUAUUGGCGGGCCGGCACGGUUCGUCGCAUCCUCGCCUGCUCUGUUGUUUGACGCUCUCGCGUCCGCUGCUGCUGCUGCUGCCGCUGCUGCUGCUGAGGCUGCCGCUGCUGGUGCUGUUGGUGGCGCUGCUGCUAAUUCUGCUGUUGGUGAUGCCUCUGCUGCUGCUGCAUCGUUCGGAGCGUCAUUUGACUGCCCAAAGAGUCCUCUCCUGACUGCCACUGCUGCUCGUACUACUGCUACUGCUUCCGCACCUUCCGCCCCUUCCACCUCUGCUGCUGCUAGAAGCAGGGCGCUUGAGCAGUUAGCAGCAGUAAGCGCUGCUGCUGCUGCUUCCCUCAGGCCCUCCCUCUCUGCCGCCCUCAAAUCCGCGUCACCGCACUCGAUCGCUACGUCAGCUGGUCCGAACGCGGCGUCAGAGGGCCCAGACGCCAGCCAGCUGGUCCCCUUAUCAGGUGGUCCCCGUUCAGUGAAACCAUCAACAGACUUCGAAGCAUCCUCCUCUCAAGAGGCGGACCCCCUCUCCUCUGAUUGCUUCUCCUCCCGGUUCCUCGCCCCGUCGCCGCCCUCGCCUCUGGACAUUCUCAGGCAGGAGCUGGGAGCUGGUGUUGCUGAAGCUGUUGUGGCUGCUCUUGCCUCAGCACAGCAGAUUACGUAG